AUGGAGACCCAGACGCGACCUCGCUCGCGCCCAGAUUUGUCUCCUGUCUAUGUCGACCACCGUGAACACCAGGAGUACUGCAAAGGCCCAACAUUCACGACCCGUACCGGUGCCCUUUUCUCUACUGCCGCCUUGAGAUCAGACCCCCCUCCCAGCGCCAUGCUACCAGCUUCUGGCAAUGAUACAGCGAUGAGGCUACACGAGCGAGCCAUGAUAGAUAGCCUAGAUCACCGAGGAAGGCACCUCGAGCCUCAGUGCUCCCCUGGCACCGCCCGCUCUCUGUCGCCUAUAGUCGAGCACGGGCUAAACUCUCGACAAGCGUCCAUGGCAAGCUUGCCUUUGCCCCGAGUGCCAGCUCCUUCCCCGCAGUCACCUUCUUUUCACCAUUACCCCAGAAGGCCAACCCUCGCCUCCGAGACGCGAUCAAUACUGCUGUCAGGAAUAGGAGAUCAAGGCUCAAGGCAUCCCGAUGGAUUGCCGCGAAUCACCAGCAGCAGCUUUGAUGACCGUCGUCAGUCUUUGCCGUCAUCAUUUGUUACACCGGCUCCACGAAGGAACAGUCACCAGCUGCGGCAGGAGCUCCAAGCUUGGGGCCAUGUCUUUCUGGGCAACGGAUCAGAGGCACAAUGCUUCGUUUCGGCUGUUCCCCUCAGGAGAUCCAGCGGCAAUUCAUCGGCAGACGACGAAGAUACAGUAAUGAAGGACGAAACAACGCCAGUCACACCGGAACCACCCAACCAGCUCACAGUUCGUGUUCGAGUUAGACCAUGCGCACUGGACCGAAAACCUUUCCUGUUGACACGGACGUUUGACAUGGAUAUGCUCAGGGCUACCGUCCCGGAACCAAGUCCCGUGCUGGAGGGGCCUAGAAGAAUAUCGGCCGACGCAAGGGGCCGGAACUUGUUUCCGACUGGCCGUCGUCGAUCAUCUGUUAUCUCGACAGGAGAGGCAAGCCCAGGGCGUGAAAAUAUAUUACAAAUUCGAAGUGGAAACACCGUUCCCAUCCACAAGCCAUAUGCCUGUGCGUUCUUUCCCGUCUUGGCCGCGCUUCUGUAUUCAAAGCACAUCCAGCCGCGCGACAUCGUCGAUCUCCCGCUGCCUCACCCCGAAGUCUGGGGUCGAACGGUGGCACAUGUAUAUACAGGCCAAGGGGAGCUAACAGAGGCCAUCAGCCAGAACAUCUUGUACCUGUGUGGUAGGGUUUGA